ACGUGCUCCGGGUGAGAUACUGACAUUAGUAUGGUGGAAAAAUAUGCAGCAAGCACUUGCAUUACUGUCAUAUGCUGACAAAACCCAUCAGCGUAAAAGUACGGAAGUGUGAGCUGCUGUCAUGUUUGCCCACAAAGUUUUGGUUUUCAGUGGUUGUGCUGCACCCGACUGAGCUUCCAACAACUUGUUCUUUUUUAUGUAAUAACCCUGAAAGUCUGUGGCUGAAGCACUCCCACCUCCACACGCUCCUCUCUGACAUUUCGACGGACGGUAGACUAAGAGAUGACAGCCAAAAGCUUCUAAUGUGCCGGAGCCCGUUGCCAUGUGGGAUGAUUCUGGCUUCAUAACAGCAGCUUAAAACGCGGAUGGACCUGGUCUGGACUUGACUUUUGACUUCUACAGAGAAGACACGACGGCAUCCAAACAUAUCAGCAGCAACAAUGAACGCGACCGAGGCGGGAAUCACGACUGCGGUGUGCGUUAAAAUCGGCGACAGCAUCAUUAGCGACCUCCUGAUGAGCGUCUACAUUCUGGCCUUCAUCUUUGGCCUGAUCUUCAAUAUCUUCACCCUGGUCCCCAUUUUGCAACAGGUGCGCAGCCAAAACAUCCUGGGCAUUUUCCUGCUCAGCCUGUCACUCUCCGACAUGCUUUUCAUCUUCACAAUGCCUCUCUGGAUCAACUACUACCACCAGGACCACCACUGGAAGCUGGGCGUCAUGUCGUGUAGCGUGGCCGGGUUCUUUUACUACUCCAACAUGUACAUCAGCAUCUACCUGCUGUGUUGCAUCUCUGUGGACCGCUGCCUGGUCAUAACGUACCCGUUCCGUUCCAAAACCCAGCGGACGUCGUGCUGCGCCUGGGCGCAGUGCGUAAGCGUCUACGCGGUGGUGAUAGUGCUGCACAUCAUGGUGCUGUUCCAAGACAACCUCCCCGACGCCCACGACAGCCGAGACGACCGCUGUUACGAGACUUACCCCAUGGAGAAACCCGUGGCUUUGUUCAACCUGCUCCGGGUGGGCAUCGGCUUCCUGCUCCCCCUGCUGGUGCUGGCCGUCAGCUACUGGAAGGUGCUGGCCACUGUGGGGCAGAGUCCGGGCCUGAGCGCCCAGGUCAAGAGGAAGGUGCGCAUGCUCUCCUUCGGGGUGAUCGGAAUCUUUUCGGUUUGCUUCGCGCCGUACCACCUCCUGCUGCUGGCGCGCUCGCUCGUCUUCUACCAGGACGACAAGAGGGGGCCCGACGGCAUCUACUGUCAGUUUGAGCAGAAGGUGCACUUCGCCUUCUCGUGCACGCUGGCUCUGUCCAGCCUCAACUGCGUGGUGGACCCCGUGCUCUACGUGCUGGUCAGCAACAGCAUCCAGGACGAUGUCAAACUCUGCUGCAAAAGGGGGAAGAGGACACAGAUGGAUGCGUGUGCUCCUUCCAGACAAAACACAGAAAAGUUGAAAAAUCAUUUGAUAUGAACGCGCUUGUUGGUGUUCCUUCCAUAAUCUCCGGGUAAAGUGGGCUGAUGCUUUGAAAGUGUCACAUUACCAUAUUUGUCCAGUCCCCUCGCCAAAUCCCUCAGUAUCUGCUCUAUAUGGAUUAGGAGCCUGAUAAGAUGAGAUACGGUACAUCCACUGGUACAGUAAAUAAGUGAUGUAUGAAGUUAUUUUUUUUUAAAUGCUGACAGUAAGACAGUGAUGCGUUGAGAUGUGAGUGACCCGACUUGAAAGUUUUUGGAGAAACAAGCCAUCAUUCAGACGAUACGUAUUUUUGAUUUGACUUGAAAAUACUAACUUGAGUGCUGUAUGGUGGCCGAUGUUGUCCAUAUUUUUGGCAGACGUGAACUGAACUUAGUUCCGUUAUGCCUAAUGAACGUUAUUGCGAAUGCCCUCAUUCAUGUGAACGCAUUUUUUUAUUUCCUCAUUAAAAAAAAAAAAAUAUUUAGGCAAUAUCUUUUUGAGAAGUUGGUGAUGGUUUAGUGGUACACUUGCGUUACUUUGGUGUGGGCAUCGGGGGUUCAGAAAGAGUCUCAGAAAAUGGAUGGACGGAAAAUUUAAAGGGGAAUUUUUCUCAUUACAACUUUCAUGGCUGUUGUUUGAAAGGUGGAACUGAUAAUUGAUAUUUCCAUUUCAAAAAAAGAGAGGGAAUUUGAGAGAAUUCUAUUUGUGUCAUCGAGGAACAAAUUGAACUCGUAUCUCAAGGCACAACUGCAUAAUGGGUUUGCAAACUUUUUGGGGCCACGGACCACAUUUUUUUUCCCCCCAAGGAAUGGCUGCUUUGAAACUGGAGGGUUCAAAAUGUCAAAAUGAUUGUUUUGUUUUGUUGUUGGAGAAAUCCCAAUUUGCUUCCCACAAAUGCUUACAGCACUUAUGUGAUUUGUCACAAUCAGAUUUUUAAAUUGUCUCAAAGCUGAGGGCAUAUAAGAGUCAUUAAUUUUACUUUUGUUUCAUUCGCGCAAGCAGUUCCCAUUUGCAGGUCUUCCCUUUUUUUUUUUAAAUAAGAAAACAUUUAUUGUAAAUUAUUUUGUGGACCCCCAAGCUCCACCACCUCGCAAGUCCAGGGGACUCAAUUUGAAAAGCAAUGACAAACUCACAUAUGCUCAACGUUUCUACUGUAUGAGAAUUUUGUUUGUUCUUUUUGUUUAUUAAUGCUCAAGCGUUCUCUUGAACAUCAUUAGGCAGAACUCUUAUACAUUUCGCAUGUUUUGUAGGUGUGAUCUCAGGCUUGGUGAGGGUUGGUGGCCUGAUGCCUCCAAAAAAAUGUUCCCCUUUAAAUUCUGAAUUUAAAUUGAACAUAUUUGUACAGAGAAACAUGUUUGAAAACAAAUCAUUAAAUGCAUUAUACAUUAAUACAACUCAACUGUACUUAAUAAAUAUAUUGCACUGGAUUAAAAAAAAACUUCAAGGCAUUGAAGCAUGUAAUCUGCAUAUUGAAUAUCUGUUCGCACUGUUGCUAUGGUUACAAGACUGAGAACUCGCCUCCCCUAUCUGAACUUUGAGGACCAUUUUGACCACUUGCCAUUACAAAGUUGGGAUGAGAUGACCUGUUGCCACCUUUCAGUUAAUGUUUGGUGUUAUUUUAAUUCAUCCACCCAUUUCCUUAGCCGCUUAUCCUCACAAGGGUCGCAGGUGUGCCGGAGCCAACCCCAGCUGACACAGGGCGAGUUGCAGAGUACACCCUGAACUGGUUGCCAGCCAUUCGCAGGGCACAUAGAAACAAACAGCAGUCACAGUCACAAUUACACUUUGGGGCAAUUUGGAGUCUUCAGUUUACCUAUGUGCAUGAUUUUGGACUGUGGGAGGAAACCGGAGCUCCUGGAGAAAACCCACGCAGGGAUGGGGAGAACAUGCAAACUCCACACAGUUGUGGCCGGGAUUUGAACCCCAGUUCUCUGAGCUGUGAGGCAGACACUCUAACCUCACUGUGGAUUCUAUUAUCAUUAUUUUAAUAUUCACAUAAAUUGUGAUGCACCCACAAGCCAAUCUACCUGCUUUUUUUCUUUAAGGAAAAACCACCGACCUCGAGAUGCUGGAAGUGCAUGACUGGACAUGUUGAUAAUCUUCUUCUUCAUCUAAAUGCAGUACAGUGUGAUUAAGACUUCAGGUUAAGUGCAGACUAAGAGAGUUGAAUGCAAAUGGAGAUGGAGGAUGUCAUUUAGCCACCGCACUUCUAUACACAAUAAGCAAUCAAGAAUGCAGCAAAGCAGCCAGUUAAGCAGAAAAUGGCGGCCUUUUGGCUUGCAUGCAUGCACUUUUGUCAAAAUGUUAAACUAUUAAGAUGAUGUACAGUCCUACAAAGAAAAUACAGAAGUCGAAAUUGACCUGAAAUUCUUGCAGAAAAGUACCAAAAUAAA